AUGAUGAUAAAAUAAAUGGUUUUAUAAGAGGUGUGAUCCGCAUAUAUUCAGUAGACUUAAAAAAAAAAAAAUCGCUCUCAAGCGGUGCGAUAAAAAGGUGAUAGCAAAACGACAAAAAAUCGUUCGUUGAUCUGAAGUUACCGGCUUUGAAUUCUGUUUUCAAGCUACGGUUCUAAAGAUCAAAGCUUGUUUCCCUUUAGAGGGCUCUGGUUUCUUCUGCUCCAAAAGGCUGAGGUGGUUCUUUUAGGAGAGAGGCUUGGUUUUGGUUUCGAGAAGUUCAUAUAUCUUUCGUUUGAAUCGGAGGGUGUUUGUGAGUAUUAAGUAAAGGUUUGAUUUUGAUACGGAUAGGUCCCUAAUGUCAUCGGCGAUGGAUAAGGCCUUGAUGGCCAUGUCCCUUGAAGAUGAUGAUGAUGAUGUUCCGUUUGUCAUGCCGAAUCUGACGGAAUACAGCUCGUGCGAAAGAAAUAAAAGGAGUUUAAUUGGGCGUCUUCUUAACCCAGACGUUCAGAAAAUGGCAAUUUUCAUCUUCGAGAUGCCGCGUAAAUGGCAGAAACAAGGUCGAGUUAGAGGUAUUGCCUUGUCUCAGGAAAGGUUUCAGUUUAUCUUUGAUUCGGAACAUGAUUUGCUGGAAGUUCUUGAUAAAGGAGUCCACACGUUUAAUGAAUGGGCUAUAGUUGUGGAGAGAUGGUCUGAAGUUCCGCCUCCGGAUUCACUUCAGUUUAUACCUAUCUGGGUCCAAAUCAAGAAUAUUCCAAUCAAUUAUCAGACAGAGUUGGCUAUUGAAGCUCUUGGGGACAUUGUGGGUAAGGUCAUUGAGGUGGCCUUUGAUCCUUUGAAGGCACGGAGUAAUGUUUAUGAAAGAGUGAAGGUUAAGUUUGAUGUUUCAAGGCCUCUGAGAAAAGAGAAAGUGGUUGACUUACCUAAUGGCGAUAAAACGAAAGUGUUCUUCAACUAUGAAAGAAUGCAGAAAAGAUGUUAUACUUGCCAAAGGUUAUCCCACGAUCAGUCUGUCUGUCCAAUUAAUAUUCAGAGGAGACGAGCUGAGGCGGAUCUAAGAAGAGCUGGUGGCAGUGGUGCGAAGAGAAGGAUAAAUCCGGUAUUGUUGGAAUCUGAUCCGCUCUUUGGUGUGCUUGAAGAAAAUCAGGUUGGAAUUAACCCCAACACUGGGAGACCAAAAAUUGCCCCUGAAGUUUUAGAUGGAAUGAGACAAUAUAUUUUAUUGGCAAAAGGGGAAGAAAGGUUCAUCAGAGAAGAAAGGGUUAAAUCAUCUGUCAGAGAAGUUGAAAAAGAUCCGGUUCUAAAGAAAUCGGCCCUAAGUUUGGAGCCAGUUCCAUUGGUGACAAGGGACUUGCAGAAAGGUAAAGGUGUAGUGUUUGAAUAUCCGGAUGAAGUUCCUGUGAAUUGUUUGAGUGUUUCAAGACCUCAUGGUGAAAAACUGAUGAAUACGGCUAUAAGAGCUAAUUCCUUUAUAGAUUGGAGGCCUGAGUUUCCGAUCAGUGGUGGUGAUCUGUUUGGUAAUUCCCAGUCAUCAGGGUCCUCUUCUUUUGUGAGUGGUUCUACGGGUUCUAGAUUGAAAUCGUUUGAUCUUAAUCUUUCCGGGACUACCUCUAAGAAGAUCAGUAUCAGAAAAAGGCCGGGGAAGAACAAGAGGAAUUUAAAAGCUAACACUGCUCAUGAGGAUAAUUUACAGAUUUCACUAAAAGAAGGUAUGCUGGUAGGAUGUUUGGAGAAAAGAAAAGCGACUGAUCAGAUGGGUGGAGUUUCCAAAGCUGUUAAGCAAAUAACUCAGGAGACGGUCCCAAAUGAGGGACUGUCCAAAGAUCAAUGAGUCUUAUGUGCUGGAAUUGUCGAGGUCUGGGACG